AUGUCGAGGAGGAGGCAGGGAGCGGCGGCGGCGGCGGCAGGAGCUGCAGGGCUGAUCCUCUUAGUCCUCCUGUCCCUCGUCAGUCUCAGAGCCCAUGAGCGGAAGCCAACGUCCCUGGUCGAGGGAUCGCGAACGACCAUGAUGCCCACAUGGAAAGUCACCGGAACGCUCAACCCCGUGGAGGAAACGGAGAAGGAGGUGGAGGAAGAGCCGUCUUCGCCGCCACCACCAGCCGUGCAGGCGACCCCAGAUGUUCCUCAGGAACAGGAAGCUGAGCCGUCACAAUCGGAGUGGGUUCCUCCACCUAAGCCAUGGGAGCCUCUAGCUGAGAAGAACAUCGGCAGACUCGAAAGAACCAACAGAGAGGUUGUACGGGGUGACAUGGAAAAUGCCAACAUGAUCAAGAAACUUCGAGCUGCCAUGCGACUGCUCAAGAAGCAGUUCGCCGCCAAGAUCGUGAACCUGGAGCAGGCGUACGACAGGAGGUUGGCGCGCGAAUCAAGGAUCCUGCAUCAGAGGAUCAACACCGUCGCAAUGCAGCCCGGACCAACCGGCAUGAGCGGACCCCAGGGUCUCCCUGGACCGACGGGCCCUGCAGGGCAGAACGGUUCUCCAGGCUCACCCGGUGCCAUGGGCCCUCAGGGUCCCAUGGGCCCUAGGGGAUAUCGGGGCCUGAGAGGGCCUCCUGGCGAUCAAGGCAGGCCUGGUGACACGGGACGACCCGGGGCUCCAGGUAUUCCUGGUCAGAUUGGGCAGAGGGGGCCUAUCGGUCCGAUGGGCGUGCAGGGUCCGGAGGGUCCUAGAGGAAAUCCUGGCUUGCCUGGUCCCCCUGGGGCUCCCGGAGUCCCUGGGAUCGGCAUCCAAGGGCCCGCUGGGCCUCCAGGACCUCCUGGACGCUUCCCAGCUACCGAGCAUUGCAGCUACGUCACUGGCGAGUGUGUAAUCAACGGCAACGAUAUCUUCCAUGCCAUGCGUGAGACUGGCGAUGUUUCCUGCCCUCGGAACUACUACGUGAAGGGCGUCGACUACAUCAAGUGCAACAAUGGGGCGGAGUAUCACAACACACUACAGCUUCGAUUGACUUGUUGUCUGCUAUAG